UCAAUUAUUCAUUUUUAUUAAGCAAUUUCCCGAUAAACAUCAAAACUUGGGAAAUGAGUGAUUCCUCUGAUAAAAAUGUUGAAAUGUGGAAAAUCAAAAAGCUUAUUAAAAGCUUACAAGCAGCUAGAGGCAAUGGGACAAGUAUGAUCUCAUUAAUAAUUCCACCAAGAGAUCAGAUUCCUCGCAUUGCAAAGAUGUUAGCUGAUGAAUUUGGUACAGCAUCGAAUAUCAAAAGCCGAGUUAACAGGUUAUCUGUCUUAGGGGCUAUUACAUCUGUGCAGCAAAGGCUUAAACUGUAUAAUAAAGUUCCUACUAAUGGAUUAGUCAUAUAUUGUGGGACCAUAGUGACAGAUGAAGGCAAGGAGAAGAAAGUUAACAUUGAUUUCGAACCUUUUAGGCCAAUUAACACAUCCCUUUAUCUUUGUGAUAACAAAUUUCACACAGAGGCAUUGAGUGCUCUACUUACAGAUGACAGUAAAUUUGGAUUCAUAAUAAUGGAUGGUAAUGGUGCAUUGUUUGGCACAUUGUCUGGUAAUACAAGGGAAAUAUUGCAUAAAUUUACAGUAGAUUUGCCUAAAAAGCAUGGUAGAGGCGGACAGUCGGCCCUCAGGUUCGCUAGGUUGAGAAUGGAGAAACGCCACAAUUACGUUAAGAAGGUAUCCGAGGUGGCCGUUCAGAUGUACAUCGCCAACGAUAGGGCCAACGUUUCUGGCCUCAUCUUAGCCGGUUCGGCCGAUUUCAAGAACGAACUCAGUCAAUCCGACAUGUUCGAUCCGCGGCUCCAAGCGAAAAUCAUAAAAAUCGUAGAUAUUUCGUAUGGCGGAGAAAAUGGGUUCAAUCAAGCCAUCGAAUUAUCUUCAGAGGCCUUGAGCGACGUCAAGUUCAUACAGGAAAAAAAAUUGAUAAGUAGAUUCUUCGAGGAGAUAUCCCAAGAGACUGGCCGCUACUGCUUCGGGGUCAACGAAACCCUGAAAGGGCUGGAAAUGGGUUGCGUCGAUAUUUUAAUCGCCUGGGAAAAUUUGGAUAUCGCUCGGUACAUCAUGAAAAAUCCCAAUUCCGAUACUAUCGAUUUGAAGACAGUUUUGUUGACACCCGUGCAGGAAAAGGACAAAAGUCAUUUCAUCGAUAAAGAGACUGGCGUUGAAAUGGAGAUUAUCGAGAGUCAAUCUCUAUUGGAAUGGCUAGCCAACAACUAUAAAACAUUCGGAGCGAGUUUGGAAAUCAUAACGGACAAAUCGCAAGAAGGAUCCCAAUUCUGUCGGGGUUUUGGGGGAAUCGGAGGAAUUCUUAGGUACAAAGUCGACUUUCAAACUUUAGAAAAUUUUGAAUCCCAAUUCGAUAACGAUGUCGGGUUAGAAGACGAAAUCGACCUUGAAGAUUAUAUAUAAACGAAUGAUAUGCAAUUACCUAUCUUCAACAAUUUAUUAUUUAUACAUAUAUAUAUUGUAUUAUAAACAGUCAUUAUAUAUAUACACACAAAAACAAUGUUGUACGCGAUUUAUAAUGUACGAUGAGUAAUGGGUAUUUCUUUUAUUUAUCAAAAUUUCGAAAGUAUAUAAUCCGACGUGUAAUUUAUAUUUCAUAAACUUAUCAUAUAUUUUUUUAUAUCCACAAAAAAAACAAAGUCUAUAUGAUUUGUAU